AUGUCCGUUGCAGAACCGAAGCGCAAUCAAGUUAAGCAGAAGCAGAAAGAUCUCAAGCCCCAGACCCCAGCAAAUGCAACUGAACGCCUAAAAACCGUCGUGCGCCGCCUACCUCCCAAUCUCCCCGAGGAGAUAUUCUGGCAGAGCGUUCAAACAUGGGUCACGGAUGAUUCUGUCACUUGGAAAGUGUAUCAUGCCGGGAAGUUGCGCAAGAGGGCAAACCAGGAGAAUGUCUCUUCGCGGGCGUAUAUCGCAUUCAAGAAUGAGGAGGUGCUCGCAAUGUUCAGCCGUGAAUACGAUGGUCACCUUUUCAGGGACAAGGCAGGUUUUUGCAGUCGAGUGAUCUUUGCUGCAGGCAAUGAGUCUCAGGCAGUAGUGGAGUUCGCUCCGUUCCAGAAGAUACCCUCUGAGAAGAAAAAGGCUGACGCGAGAAACGCGACAAUUGAUAAAGACGAAGAUUAUAUUUCUUUCGUCGAAACGCUCAACAACGCUGAGAAGUCCGAGCAUGUAUCCCUUGAAGCAUUGAUUGCAGCAUCUCAACCACCCACCGCGCCAAAAACUACGCCUCUCCUUGAAGCACUCAAGGCGGAGAAGUCAGCUCAGAAGGAUAAGGAAGCUAUCCUCCGUAACCACGCACACUAUAAGGAUACUUCCGCCGCAUCUACUGCCAGGAAAGAAGAGGUCAAGAAGAAAGCUGCCGUCCCCAUUGCAGCAUCCCAGAAACAACCCGAAGCCAAACCUGCUGCUCCCCUCAGCCGUAAGGCGAAGAAAGCCGCUACUGCAGCCGCGGCGGCGCAGAAAGCUGGCCCUCCUGCUCAGACCGUGCAGGCGCUUCCUUCCGCAGCUAAAGGCGCUUCUGCAGGGCACGCUAAUCUGCCAGCCAAACCUCCUCCACAAGCACCUGCUGUUCCUCGGCAACGCCGCCCCUCUCAGAGUCGCCAGCAGGCACCUAAAGUACUUGCUGCGUCUCUCCCUCCUAAACCAGCAGUACAAUCUACUCCUGCUGGUGCAGAGGCCGCGCCACCCGCAACCAGUCGCAGGGGACGUCCAGUCGUUGGUCUAGGACGACACUUCGAGGCCGCGUUAAAUGGCGCGGUCGGCCCCAGCGGAGGAAGGAAACGCGAGAAAGAGGCUCAACCAGCUCCCGCAAGCGAGGCUGUGCAAAAAGAUGUUCAGGGCAAAUCUAAGGAUACCUUUGCAUCGUCUUCUCCCAGCCCCACUGUCCCCAGUAUUCUGCAGCGCGGGGAUGGACACACUCCUGGGAACCCCGUGAUCAUGCAACGCCCUCAGCCUACUCGUGUUCCUGAAAGUCCUGCUACUGCUGAUCCACAUAUUGGCAGAGGGGUACCGAAGAGAGGGCGUGGCAGAGGUAGGGGAGCUCCUCGUGGUGGCUAAGUGCAGCAUCAGUAUACAGGCCUAUUUUUUGUCCGCCAUAAACGCCACCACGAGGCUGGUGGAGGUCCUUUCAGUUGCGCUGGACGGUUCACUUCGCUUCAUUGCAACGCCUUGGAAUCCAACCGGCCACCAAAGGGCAG